AAAAUAAUAAUAAUAAUAAUAAAACCAGUUAGCAUUGAGUUGGAAACUUUGAUUUCCAUUCGAGAUAGAUAAUAUAUUUUGGCUGUUCUGAAACAAGUUUAAUUUCACCUGCUGAAAAAAGAUGCUUUUUCAUACAAAAUCUAUGAAGAGGAAUAAAUUGGACUAUAUUGUUGAUAUGCUGGUUUGCCCAUUUACAUCACUGGAAAAAUUUGAGUAAGACAUUAGACUAACCAUUUUCAAGAGGUUUUAGAUAAUUCAUAGAAAUUAGCGAUACCUGAUAUUAAGUACGAUGAAUAAAUUUUAAUAUACGACCAAAGGGUUGAAGUAACUGAGACUAGUAAGAGGAAAUAACAUCUGGUCAGUCGACUAGGCAGUCCUGUAUCAACAUUCUUUAUGAAAUUUUACAAACACUCACAACUCAUUGUCCUUGAGCAUUUCCUCUCUGUUAAUCACUAUCAGCUCCAUUUAUUGUCAGUUAACUGAUUAUUAUUACCAUUAUCAAUGGCUUUAUUCAAUACUACAUUUUUGGUAUAAUGUAGAAUUCUCAACACAAGGUAUUUCAACAAGUUUAUUUUACAAAAAAGAAAGCAAAGUGAAAGAGACUGAUAACCACAUACAUGUAUACAUAAGUUAAGUAGGUAGACUACCCAGAAUUUAACGAAAUGUGUUUAAGGUGAUUUGAAUCUGUACAACUUUUUAAUUAGAAACAUAUUUGAGAAUCCAAGUUGUUGACUAGAUCAGCUCUAACAACCUGUUCGUCACACAUGUUUGUUAGAUAAGGUAUUUUAGAGCCAUCACAUCUUUGCUUGCGUGCAUGCAUUCUGAUGUACUGACAUCUCGUUUUACCAGAAUAAACACAAGAAAAAAGAUACGAAUGAAGUGGAUAGUUAGCAUCUGAUAAGAUGAAAACUGCCAGGAGUUUGCAAGAUUUUGGAUGUCUAUCCACAACCAUAAUAAUAAUAACCUCAAAAGACUCAGCACACACCCUGCUGUCUUCAGUACUCCCAGCAAUACAGUAGUUCUUUUCAAAAGCCCAGGAAGAAUAAUGCAGAACAGUAAAGAAUAAUAGGUAAUAUGCAAGAAUUGAAAAAUUGUAAGGACAAAUGUCGAAUAAUCCCGAAAUCAUGUAGCCUCUUUAUGUAGUAAGCUAGACGGAAAACUUUCUUCCAUGACAAAACAUGAGAACAACAAGAGAGAUCAGAGGAAAAAUUUACACCAGAAUAAAUGGCAUGUCAGUGUUUAUCAAGGAAUCUCCAAUAGUACACACUUAAUGGAAUUCCAACGGGGUGUUUAGGUGCCAUUCGUGCCUCAGGCAAAGGCUAACAGUUUGAUAUUUAAACAGAUCAAAUGUGAGACCAUUAUCAACAGACCACCACUCAAUAUGAGACAAGAACUCAUUCAUUUCAGGCGGAUGUAAAGAGGGAUAAAUCGCCAUACAUACAGCACGACCGCCCACAUGUUUAACAAAAACGUUUUCUGUGGAAGAUGGCAGAUCAUGUAGAAUAAACAAGAAAAACAGAAGGAAAAGAAUAGUUAUUUGUGACACAUCUCCAUGAGAUAGUAGGAACGUCCAAGCUUCCAUCCAAACAGUGUAUUGUUCCCUUCCAGAGGAGUAGGAAUAUAUCCAGUUGACUGUCAAACUGUCAGUGUUGACGUUGGUUAACUUGUUAAGUAGUUGUCUUGGAAUACAGUCAAAGGCAGGGGGUAUAGUCCAGAAAAGAGCAUCGAACGUACUUGUUACCCCUUUCUAAACUGAACAUUAUAUUAUGACUCAGAACAACAACAGUAUCUAAGGUGCUCCUUUUGCAUUUGUAAGAAAACUGACACAGACCGAUGGGUUUUACUAGUGCAAGUUGAAGUGAGAGUAGCAAUAAUGUUUCUACUGACUUGAGGAAAGGUGAAAUUAUCGUUAUGGGUCUAAAUUUCACAUUCGUAUAGCCUGAUACUUUCCUAGUUAUUGAGGUUACCUUUAGCUUUCUCCACAUUUUAGGCAUGAGAUUAGUUGCGAAGAUGGUAACAGACAACCAUCGCAACACUAAAUCCUGUACAAAAGUGCACCAGUUUGAGUUGGGGCGAAUCGUGAUAUCACAAAAAAACAAUGGAAAAUAAGUAACACCAAAGUAAGAAACAGGCGUAUGAGUGGAAAAAGUGAUGGACCUAUUACGUAAAGAACAUAGAGUGGAUUUAAUUACGUGUCUAACCAAUCGUAUUUAAGUUGUAUUACAACUUAUGAAUAAGUAUGACACCACGAAGGUGCUUCUCAUAGACAACAAAUUCCUCAAAUAACGCUGAUCAGGAGCGUAAAUUGAGAGGAAAAAACAACAUCGGCACCCAAGAUGAUAUUCAAGAAGUAAAGAGGAUAAUACUAUAGGACGGCAGCAAAAUUAUGAGGUCGAGUUUAUUUUCAUAAAAACCCGUCGCUCGCCGACCAUAUAAGGAAAUAAAAACAGAAAAGGAUUACGAUCUCUCUUCUUAAAAUAGGAAGAUUCCAUAACAGCAAAUUUUUAGGUGAUGAUCCUGUUAGGCUAAACGUCACUGAAUCCACUUCCAGCGCAGCUCAUACACAAUCUUAUUUGGAUUCAAAAAUUUGGGACAUGUCCCAUGACUGCUACGGUCACACGCGCAUAGCAACUAUAAACUGGUUGCUUUCUACCACCAAACCUCACAACUAGAGUGAAAUACUAACACAAACUUCAAAGUUGUGCUGACAGUAAAAUAAACUCGAAAAGAUUGUAAUUUACGAGACAUUAUCGCUCGUUAUUAAAACAAAAGAACCUGAUGCCAGAGUGGAUUUGAGGACCAACAAAAUAAAAUUGUACGCCAGGAUAUUGGAACACGGACUUUAAAUCUUGAAUUGUGUUCAGCCAAAACACGUAACCUCUGUUCAAUAACGUCUGAUGAAUAAAAGAUGUUUACAACAACAGUACCAGUUGAGAGUGGCUGAGUAGAUGUUUUAAGUACCAUAGCUUUCAGUGUUGAUUUUAAAACCAAUUAACUAACAAGCGACAGAGAAAUACGUGACUCACGAGAAUGCGCACACUACUUCAGA